AUGGCCACCAAUAUUUCUCUGUGUGUAUGCUUCUCUUACAUCAUAGUCUUUCACCUCAUUUCUACGUUGGCUCAGCCUGAUAACUAUAUCAUUCACAUGGACAUAUCAGCCAUGCCAAAAGCAUUCUCUAGUCACCAUAGUUGGUAUGAGUCCACUCUUUCCACUUCAUUGGACAAUUCUCAAGUCACUACCAAUGACAACAAUCAUAACACUGCUUCUUCUAAGCUGAUUUACACUUACAACAACGUCAUGAACGGUUUCAGUGCAAAUUUGUCACCUAAAGAGCUUGAAGCUCUCAAAAGCUCUUUGGGGUACAUUUCUUCCAUGCCAGAUCUACCUGCCAAGCUUGACACAACACACUCACCUCAAUUCCUUGGCCUCAAUCCCAAUGAAGGAGUAUGGCCUGCUUCUAAAUUUGGUGAGGAUGUUAUUGUUGGUUUAGUGGACACUGGAAUAUGGCCAGAAAGUGAAAGCUUCAAAGAUGAUGGGUUGACCAAAAUCCCUUCAAGAUGGAAAGGCCAAUGUGAAAAUAGCAUCCAAUUCAACUCAUCAUUAUGCAACAACAAACUCAUUGGAGCUAGAUUCUUCAACAAAGGGUUGUUAACCAAGCAAACCAACCAAGCCAAAAUUGUGAACUCAACACGUGACACAGACGGUCAUGGAACUCACACAUCAACAACCGCAGCUGGAAGCCAAGUUGACAAUGUAUCAUUCUUUGGUUAUGCCAAUGGAUCAGCAAAAGGGGUGGCUUCAAGGGCUAGAAUAGCCAUGUACAAGGCUGUGUGGAAUGAAGAAGCCGUAUCAUCUGAUGUAAUAGCCGCAAUUGAUAGUGCAAUAUCUGAUGGGGUAGAUGUUCUUUCUUUAUCACUUGGCCUUAACAGCUUACCCUUGUAUAAUGACCCUAUUGCUAUAGCCACAUUUGCAGCCAUUGGAAAAGGAAUUUUUGUGUCCACUUCGGCAGGAAAUUCUGGCCCUCUCGGUGGAACUCUACAUAAUGGAAUACCAUGGGUCACAACAGUGGCUGCUAGCACCUUGGAUCGUGAAUUUCACAGCACUCUUACACUUGGCAAUGGAGUCAACAUAUCAGGCUUGUCACUCUAUCUAGGUAACUUCUCUGCCCUCCAAGUUCCAAUAGUUUUCAUGGGCAUGUGUAAUAAUGUGAAGGAAUUGGUCAAUGUGAGUAGCAAGAUUGUGGUGUGUGAAGAUAAGAAUGGAACCAUUUUUGAUCAAGUGACUUAUGUGCAAGCAGCAAAAGUUACAGGGGCCGUGUUCAUAUCAAACAGCACUGACACUUCAUUCAAUUUACAGAAUACUUUGGCUUCCAUCAUUAUUAACCAAACAAAUGGAGAAAUUGUCAAGGCUUACAUCAGCAAUAGCACUGAUACAAAGGCAAGCAUGUCUUUUGGGAUAACAGUUUUAGGCACUAAACCAGCACCAAGUGUGGAUAUUUAUAGUUCUAGAGGACCUUCAAAUAGUUGUCCAUUUGUGUUGAAACCUGACAUCACUGCUCCUGGUACAUCAAUCCUAGCUGCAUGGCCUAAAAACAUUCCAGUGUCAGUGUAUGCACCUGAUAAAACGUUUAGUAACUUCAAUUUUUUAAGUGGCACAUCAAUGGCAUGCCCUCAUGUGGCUGGUGUGGGAGCACUUUUGAAAGGAGCACACCCUGAUUGGAGCCCUGCAGCUAUUAGAUCAGCCAUUAUGACAACAUCGGAUAUAUUUGACAACACUAAGGAACUCAUCAAAGACAUUGCUCGUGAUUACAAACCAGCCUCUCCUUUAGCCUUGGGAGCUGGUCAUGUCAACCCCAACAAAGCCCUUGAUCCUGGACUUGUUUAUGAUUUGGUGGUUCAAGAUUAUGUUAAUCUUCUUUGUGCAUUGAACUUCACGCAAAAGAACAUCACCACCAUCACAAAAUCUUCUUUGAAUAAUUGCUCCAAACUUUCCUUGGACCUUAACUACCCUUCUUUUAUUGCAUUGUAUAACGGUUCUUCUACAGAGUCAAAGAUAGUUCAAGAAUUUCAAAGAACAGUGACCAAUGUUGGGGAGGGAGGAACAAACUAUGUUGCUAGCGUUACACCCAUUAAAGGGUUUCAAGUUACAGUUAUCCCCGAUAAAUUGGUUUUCAAGGAGAAGAAUGAGAAGCUAAGUUACAAGUUAAGGAUUGAAGGUCCAAAAAUUGAUGGUUUCGGGUAUCUCACUUGGAUGGACGCGAAGCAUGUGGUUAGGAGCCCCAUUGUGGUCACCUCUAUUGUAUAG